AAUCUUUGGACUCGGAGGUAAAAAAGUAAAAAAUGUCACAAAAUAUUCACCCAGAUUUGCAAAAGGAGCGCAAUGGGAGCUCCUUCGACAAAGAGAGACUCAUAAACAUAAUAGAUGGAGGGAAGGAUAAGACAGAGAGACGCAGGGAAAUAGAAAAAAUAGUUCUCGAUGAUCCAGUUUACGACCACAAAAGCACAGCCUUUAUGGGGCGUGAUGAAUUAUAUACAAAUUCACUCAGAAAGGCUGCCCAUAUGUCACAGAAAAUGCAAGAACUGAAUUUACUGAAUCCAGAUGACUUUAUGUACUAUUCCAACAUGGCAAUGCCCCAUGAAAGUUCACCGAUGGCACUACAUACAGCCAUGUUCUUGCCUACCCUGCUAAACCAAUGCUCCCCUGAACAACAGGAGAAGUGGCUCUGGAAGGCUGUUGGUCAUGAGAUUAUAGGGACAUAUGCACAGACAGAAAUGGGCCAUGGGACUCAUCUGAGAGGCCUAGAGACCACAGCUACAUAUGUCCCAGAGACAGAUGAGUUUGAUCUGCAUAAUCCCACCCUUACAUCUACAAAAUGGUGGCCUGGCAAUUUGGGUAAGACUACCAACUUUUGUGUGCUGACAGCUCAGCUGUGGAUCAAGGGUAAAUGUUAUGGUACACAUAACUUCAUGCUCCAGACCAGAAGUCUAGAAGAUCACACUUCUCUGCCAGGAAUAACAUUAGGUGACAUUGGACCAAAGUUUGGCUAUUUGUCCAAUGACAAUGGGUUCAUGAGAUUGAAUCAUGUACGGAUCCCAAGAACCAACAUGCUCAUGAAGCAUUCCCAAGUCUUGGCUGAUGGCACCUAUGUGAAACCUGCUAGUUCAAAACUAUCAUAUGGAACAAUGGUCUUUGUUAGAACGAUGAUAGUUGCAGAGACAUCAAGAAGCUUAGCAGAGACAGUUACCAUAGCAACACGGUAUAGUGCCAUUAGAAGACAAAGUGAAAUCAAACCUGGUGAUCCAGAGCCUCAAAUCCUUGACUACCAAACCCAACAGUUCAAGUUUGAUCCAGAGCCUCAAAUACUUGACUACCAAACCCAACAGUUCAAGUUGUUUCCACUACUUGCCACCAGCUAUGCCUUUGACUUUGCUGCCAAGUUCAUGAGGGCCAAGUACCAUGAGUUAGAUGCCAAAAUCCAGCAGGGUCUGGUUGAGGAGAUGCCACAGUUGCAUGCAUUGUCAGCAGGUCUGAAAGCUUUUACAACUUGGGCAUCAAGUUCUGGAAUGGAAGUGUGCCGUAUGUCUUGUGGGGGUCAUGGGUAUUCCCAGGCCAGUGGUUUCCCCAAGAUUUACACAGAUGCAACCCCUGGGGUGACAUAUGAAGGCGAGAACACAGUAUUGAUGUUACAAGUAGCCAGGUAUCUGGUGAAGAUCUUCAAAGGUGCUAGAAAAGGGACAGAAGAAGCAACAGGAUUUGUUUCAUAUCUGGGGCCGAACUUUUCUCAGGGGGGUCGUGUAGCAGUCCAAAUGACAAGUGCAUCAGGGGUGGACAUAAACGCAAUGGUAGCAGCCUACAGGAGCAGAGCAUACAGGUUGAUAGAAAGUGCAUGUGCCAGAGUGGAUGCUCUCACAAAGGGAGGAAUGGAGUUUGUGUUUGCUUGGAACAAAACAUCAGUGGAUCUAGUCAAGUGUGCCACUGCUCAUUGCCAUUACUUCGUAGUGGAUAAUUUUUUGACUGGCAUAAAUUCCCUGGAGUGCGCUCCAGCAAUUAGGAAAGUCCUUGGAAACUUGUGUGACUUGUAUGCCUGCUAUGGUAUUGCUGAAAAUUCAGGAGAUUUUCUACAGGGUGAGCACCUAUCUGCCAAGCAAAUAUCUGAUGUGCGGGCCAAAAUGCUUGACCUACUUGCUGUAAUACGUCCUGAUGCUGUCAGUCUUGUUGAUGCCUUUGAUUUCCAUGAUCGCUUACUUGGUUCUGUGCUGGGUCGUUAUGAUGGUCAGGUGUAUGAAAACCUCUACAAAUACGCUUUGGAGUCUCCACUAAACGACAAUGAUGUCCACGAGUCUUACUAUAAAUAUCUGAAGCCCUUAGCACGAGCUUCCAAGCUUUAGGACAUGUUCGUCCAGAAAGACCCAAAUAAAUGUGAAAGAUUGUAUCAAAAUGCAAUAGCAAUGCAAUGAACAGAAAACA